ACUGGAGAGGUCACUGGCCGGCAGUUCAAAUAUCAUAGCAAACUGUAGCUAUAUAUUUUGCUUGCUAAGGAUUUGGUUUAAUCAUGUGUGAUAUUAACUUUCCAGAUUCCAGAACGAUACAGAAGAGUCAGUAGGGCCAGGGUGAAGUGCGAUAGCUAGCUAGCUUUCUUAUUUUGUAUGGACUUCCAUGCUGUAAUUGAGUGCUAGCUACCUAACGAACGGUAUCUACCCAAAGUUAGCUAGUUAAUGUUACCAGUUAUCUGUAAACAAAGCAUUUAGCAACAUACCCAUCCCCAUCCCCAUGGCUGGAAGAGGCAGGGGUCGUGGAAGGGGACAGAUGACCUUCAACCUGGAGGAUGUGGGCAUAGGAAGGGGGGACAGCCUGCCCCCCACCACCUUUAAGCCCUCACCCCUCUUCCCUCCCAUGCCAGUCCAGCCUGUGCCCCUGCAGACAGGAGAGGAGGUGGAGUACAUGCUUGCUCUGAAACAGGAGCUGAGGGCCGCCACCAAGACCCUGCCUUUCUACAUCAGACGGGCUGCUCCCAAAAGAGAUGUCGAUCGCUACUCUGAUAAGUACCAGAGCGGAGAGCCCAAGGACAGCACCAUCGAGUGGAGCCCAGACUGGAGCAGAUUGCCUAAAGAGCUUUGUGUUAAAGUGAGAGAACCUCGGGGUAAAAGACCCACACCUCAAGUUAAACGGACAAAGGUGCCUCUUGUAGGAAAAGAGGAGAUUCUCACCAAGCUAGAGACUCUUGAAAAGAAAGAAGAGGCGGUGAACUCUGAGGAAGAGCAGGACGAGGAGAAAAAGAAGACGAACGAGGAAGAAGAACAGGCAGAUGAAGAGGACUAUGAGGAAGACUUUGAAGAGGAUACCGACUACAUCAUGUCUUACUUUGACAAUGGAGAGGAGUUUGGAGGGGACAGUGAUGACAACAUGGACGAAGCCACUUACUGAGAGACCGUAAGAGUGUUGAUAACACUGACUAGACAAAAAGAGACGGCUUUGCGUUAUCCUCCCUGCGGACAUAGUUACAGUAUUCUAAUUACUUGUGGAGUCAUUGGCCAUGGGAACAGACAUUGACCGGUAUAGUCUAAAACAUGGAAAGAACAAUAUACUGCUAUGUGAUAACCUAGAUCCAAGACAUGGAAGAUGGUGACAGCUGGUGAAAACAGUGGCUCAAUGUAGACAUCUAGAGAGAAUGGUCAGACAUUUUCUUAUUGUGUGUGGUGAUUUAAAGUGCCAAAGAUCCUAACUAGUCAUGCUGACUGUUCCCCUUUCUUCAGCUAUGUUGAGGUAGUAAUGGGAGCUGAAGUAUUUACAGGAUAUUGAUGCCUUUUAUAACUUUAACGGAUUUGAUGGUUUUAAUUAACACGUACAAUUGCAGCAGUCUACGGUUUUUAAAGUAAAGACGUGUUUUAGAGAGGUAUUUUAGCUUUUGUAAUUCCUUGGUGUAAGUCUCUUUUAAGUGUAUACGACAAUCAAAUGUUGAAAACAAUAGUUGCAAUCCCAAAAAAUGGUGUGUAUUCUUUUUAAAUAUGUUUUUCCUGUAAUGUCAAAUUAUAUUAUGCCGGUUGACAAUUUGAAAGUGUUUCAUUUGAGUCUAAAUACAUUUUAUAGCUCCAGAGUAAAUAUUUGUAUCAACCAA